UUUCUUUAACUUCUAAGAUCAGAAACAAUAAACUAUUUAUAGAUAAGAAAAGAAAAGUAAAUAAAUAUAGCUAAAAAAACACAUCAUUUACAACACAUAUUAUUCUAAGGCAUAAAAUUCUCAAAGCUUCAAUCUUUUUUGCACCAUUUCUACCCCAAAUGGUCUAACAUUUUCAUUCUCUUUCUCUCUUUUUGUAGGUUUUUUUUAUGAACCUACAAUUUGUGAUAUUUUACCAUAUUGAUUGAGAUUUGAUUUUUCUAAUUUUUCAUAUAUCUUGAUGAGAAAUUAGAAAAAUCAAAAUCAAAAUCAAAACUUUUUCUUUCCAUUCAGCUUAUGAGGCCUAAAAUCUUGAGUUUUAAAGAGUUGUUGAUUAAUGAAGUUAUGUAUUUCCUCUCUUGAGCUUUUUUCCACUGGGUUUUUCUCGAGGGGUUUCAACAAGGUAUCGCUCUAGCCUUUUUUAAGGAAAAAAAAUGCAAGAUCUUUCUCAUAAACACAUUUGUAGCCUCAACCCAAUGCACAAAUCGACGCCUCAGAGCGCUACAACCUUUGUCUACCAAGCGAAAUUGGCAAAAAUUCUUUGCAAUGUGUGUUUGACAUGGUGUAAAAGAGUCACAAACCAUGACCUUACCAUAAAAAUAGACAAGCCUUCAAAAGAAAACCAUUACACAUGCAAGAUUGAUUUGACAAACACACAAUGUUGGGGUAAAAAAGGCCUAAAAUCCUUUGACAUAGUAGAAGGAACACGCGUAGAUAUCUUUUGGGAUUUUCGCCAGGCAAAAUUCUCUACCUCUUCCUCUUCCUCCUCCUCACCCGAGCCAUGCUCGGAUUACUAUGUUGCCUUGGUACAUGAUAAUGAGGCGGUAUUGUUGCUAGGCGAUUUGAAGAAUGAUGCAUACAAGAGAACUAGGUCAAGGCCUUGUUUGGAUGAAGCUACCUUGCUACACAAGAAAGAAAAUGUUUGUGGUAAAAGAUUGUUUUGCACUAAAGCUAUGUUGAAAUAUGGAGACAAAAUAAGAGGAGAACAUGACAUUGUUAUUGAGAACUCUCUUUCAGGGCCUGGUGAUCCUGAGAUGUGGAUCAGUGUCGAAGGGACGGUUGUGAUUCGGGUUAUGAACUUGAAUUGGAGAUUUAGAGGGAAUGAGACUAUAAUGGUGAAUAGUGUGCCAUUGGAGAUCUUUUGGGAUGUUCAUGAUUGGUUGUUUAGUAGCCCUAAAACUGGCCAUGGAAUUGGUUUGUUCAUUUUCAAACUUGGUACAUUGGAACAAGAAGCCAAUUCCAAUGUCAUUACUGAUUUUGAUUCAAGAUACUUUUGUUGCAAUGGAAGUAAACAUGAUCAUGUUGACUCACCUAAAAGUACCUCUGAGUUUUGUCAUUUUCUGUAUGCUUGGAAAGUUGAGUAAGAAUAUUUCUUGUCAAGAUUAAUGUAUCAUUUAAUUAAAAUUCAGUUCCCAAUUAUUAUUUAUUGUAGUAAAUGUAAUACAUAUGGUACUUUAGUAAUGUAAUUCAGUAUAUUUUUUUACUAAUUAAAAAUAAUUUUUGAU